CGUACUGGACAGUUUUUAAAAUGAGCCAGCGUUCAAAACGGUUAGUCGACCUUGCUAAAAAGCAAAAAUUGAUAUACAGUGAUGAGUCGAGCUCAUCAAGUGAGUCACUUGUGGAUCCGUUUCACUGCUCCUCUGAUUCUUUGGACGAUCCAACGUAUCAAGUAAGCGAAAAUGAGAGUGAUUCAAAGUCGGACAUCGAACGUGUCUCUGGUACACGUAUUUCUGGACAUUUAAAAGCAAUUAACCCUACGGAAAAUUACCUUCAACAAGGUACAUCCUCUACUGAACACGAUAAUCUUCUUGCACCGAUUAUUGGUUAUGAUACUGAGCAAAGUUCCUAGAUAUCAGCAGAAAUUCCACAUAUUGAUCAAAUCAAUGAAGAGGAAGAAGACGAAAUUACCGACGUGUAUAAUAUUCAGUGGCGGGAUCCAGUUGAAAAUCAUAAGAAGUUUUCGUUUGAUCCCGAACAUAGCGGUAUCACUCCUGAGAUUGCUGCGGCACUUAUUGGUGGAACUCCCACCGACUUUGUCUCAUUUUUUGUGGAUGAUGAGGUUUUGCAAAUGAUGACCGAUCAGACGAACCUAUAUGCAACCCAGAAAUUACUCAAUCAACAAGAUGUUUCUGAAUGGAAUCGCCUCCGUGCAUGAGAACCAACCACUAAAGACGAAAUGAAAUUGUUUAUUGGUAUCGUCGGCUACAUGGGACUAGUCAAAUUACCGAGGCUUGAAAGUUAUUGGAAUAAGCGUUAAAAAAAUUUACCAAAACAGUGUUGUUGGAGAAGUAAUGAGCCGAAAUCGUUAUGAAUUACUACUGAAUCUCUGGCAUUUUAGUGAUAAUCAAUUGUGUCCCGAGGAUGCUCGUGGAUACAAAAUUGAGCCACUAAUGAAUACAUUUAU